GAGUGGGGCCGAUCCGUAGCGCAGCGCUCGGCGCGACGUCCUUUGCGUGUCCACAGUGAAUGUGCACUCGGAGCGAUCGAUUGGGCAGGAUUCGCGCCUCCAUUUUUCUAGGAGAGAGCGGGAGACCGAGAGAGCAGGACUAGCGGCUGGCAGGGAAAUUACCUUCCUCUUCUUCAGGAUGUACAGAACCAAAGUGGGCUUGAAGGACCGCCAGCAGCUCUACAAGCUGAUCAUUAGCCAGCUGCUCUAUGACGGCUACAUCAGCAUUGCUAACGGCCUCAUCAACGAAAUCAAGCCUCAGUCUGUCUGUGCACCGUCGGAGCAGCUCCUGCACCUCAUCAAACUAGGAAUGGAAAAUGAUGACACAGCAGUUCAGUAUGCAAUUGGUCGGUCAGACACAGUUGCCCCUGGCACAGGAAUUGACCUGGAAUUUGAUGCAGAUGUCCAGACUAUGUCCCCAGAGGCUUCUGAGUAUGAAACAUGCUAUGUCACAUCCCAUAAAGGACCGUGCCGUGUAGCUACCUAUAGUAGAGAUGGGCAGUUAAUAGCCACUGGAUCUGCUGACGCGUCCAUAAAAAUACUUGACACAGAAAGAAUGCUGGCCAAAAGCGCCAUGCCAAUAGAGGUCAUGAUGAAUGAGACUGCACAGCAGAAUAUGGAAAACCACCCAGUGAUUCGAACUCUUUAUGACCACGUGGAUGAGGUCACAUGUCUCGCUUUCCACCCAACAGAACAGAUCCUGGCCUCUGGUUCAAGGGAUUAUACUCUUAAAUUAUUUGAUUAUUCCAAACCAUCUGCAAAAAGAGCCUUCAAAUACAUCCAGGAGGCUGAAAUGUUACGCUCCAUCUCUUUCCAUCCUUCCGGAGACUUUAUACUUGUUGGGACUCAGCAUCCUACUCUUCGACUGUAUGAUAUCAACACAUUUCAGUGUUUUGUCUCUUGCAAUCCUCAAGAUCAACACACUGAUGCCAUAUGUUCCGUCAAUUACAAUCCUAGUGCCAAUAUGUAUGUGACUGGUAGCAAGGAUGGCUGCAUCAAAUUAUGGGAUGGUGUUUCAAAUCGAUGCAUCACAACUUUUGAGAAAGCACAUGACGGUGCUGAAGUUUGUUCUGCCAUUUUUUCCAAAAAUUCUAAAUACAUUCUGUCAAGUGGAAAAGACUCUGUAGCUAAGCUUUGGGAGAUAUCAACAGGGAGAACGCUGGUCAGAUACACAGGCGCUGGCUUGAGCGGGCGGCAGGUGCACCGGACGCAGGCUGUCUUCAACCACACGGAGGACUACGUGCUGCUGCCCGACGAGAGGACCAUCAGUCUGUGCUGCUGGGACUCGCGGACGGCCGAGCGCCGGAACCUGCUCUCCCUGGGCCACAACAACAUCGUGCGCUGCAUCGUGCACUCGCCCACCAACCCCGGGUUCAUGACGUGCAGCGACGACUUCAGAGCACGGUUUUGGUACCGGAGGUCAACCACGGACUAGAACUGCUUGCCGUGAACAGGGUUCUUUUCUCGAGGACCCUGCCCCUCCUUCCCCUCGGGCCCCGUCCCCAGCCUCGGUAGUAAGUCAUAGUACCAUCUCGGGCAGUUGUGCGGCCACCUCUGCAUCCUUCUCGGAUUUGUGCAAAAGAACCUUUUUUUACCUUGAUGGGGAAUCAUGGUGGAAAAAGUUGGAAACGCAGAUCUGUGCAGUUGUUCUGCAUUCACUGAUUAUUACAGUGUGAUUUUCAUCGGUUUUGUAAAUACAGGACUUGCUAUUUCUCUUGAAUCUCUUGAUCAUUUGAAGAGGGAUAGGGUAUUAAAGUGCUUUCUAGAUCUCAAGUGGAUCUGUCCCGAGGAAUUUUUGUUUGGAUAUUUUGUCCGCUUUUGUGCCCGUUCUGCAUCCUGCUUGUGUAUUUCUUUUCAAAACACAUUUUGCAGAUAAGUAGGCAUAUGGCUCUGGGAGUCAGGAGUUGUAUGCUAUAUUAAAACCAUUUUAGAAAACCUAUCAGUUCUAUCCUCAAAUGACAUCAUUCUGAUAAUAAAGCUCAGAUCUGCAACCUUAGUGUUAAUACGUUUUUCACUUUAGUAAAAUUAAGGGCUGGGUUUUCCUGAAGAUUUUUAGGAGAUACGGCUCAUCACACCUCCCACGUUUUCCUUUCAGGACCUAAAAUGCCUGUCUUCAGCAAGUGCAUUUCUGACGAGAUUAUUACCAUUUGAUGGGAAGCAUAUUGAACAUAUGUCCAGUCUCAUCAAAAUUAGGUGAUGGAGCUACUGCUCUGAGGUAUUGCUCAUCUUCACAAAUGACUACUAUUGACUGACUUUGUUCUUAUAUAAUUUUAAAUCUUAUUUUUCAGUUCCCUUCAGCACAAACUGUAACUUCUCAUCAUGGAGGCAUACAGCGUCUGGAUUCUUAGAAUAUUUUUGCAAUUAACCAACUGAUACAAGUUUUCUUAUUCUUGAAACUUUUUCAUCAGCGACAGUGUUUCUCUGGAUCUGACUCUGGCUAGGUCAGAGGCCCCUGAACCUCCCUUACAGAGAUAAACUUUGGUUUAUCUUUAUUCCCAAAUAGAACUACCUCAAUCCGGGUAGGAGUACCUAGAAAUAUAAUCUGGGAUCAUUUGAUAAAAAUAUUAAAUACGUUAAAAUAAUUGUUUUAUGUUAUAGGACUUUUAUAGUCUUCUAAAGUUUAUUGCAUGAAAGUUCUGCAUUAGGUAAUCACCCUCAAAGAUCAUUUUAACUCUUUGGUCUAUGGAGCCCUUUUAAGCAUUCUUAACAUAUUAAGUCACAGGGUUUUAGUUCAUAUUUCCAAAGAGCCUAAUUUUUUGGUCCAUAGUGAGUUUAAAUUUACUUUGUGUUCUGAUGCACCAGUAUUUGAACUUGGCUGUCUGCAGAUGCUACUUUUCCAAGACUAAAAGGAACCUGCUAAGUAGGAACAAGGAUAAUCUACCCCCAAAACUACCAACCAAAACUGCCCACUUUUUCUGACUUUUGCUUUCAGCCUGUGAAACUGUAAGGCAGAGAGUUACUUUUUCUGCAUUCUUCUCUCUGACAUGUGCACUGGAAUGACCGCACUGCACUCCUGACACAAGUUCCGUUGGACCUUUUUAACUGUUCAUGAAUUAAAAUGAUAAUGCUACUUUUUCCAGUUUUGGAGUAGUCUCAGCAAUGGAUCUAUAGUUUCAGGACUACUGUUCACAAGAUCAAGAUGCUUUUAUGUGUUUCCAAAAUAGAUCUUUAAAAAAAUUUUUUUCUUUUAAAAAUCACAUUAAUGUUUCAAACUGGUGUAAAUGCCAGGGAUAUCACGUGGACUUGAUGUCUGUGCAUCACUGAUUAUACUACAUAACACCCUGACGUUCAGAUGGUGAAUGGUCUGCAGUCAGGAUAAGAGCUUAUAACUUCUGUGUUAUUUUUUAAAGAUACAUGAUUUCUCAAAUAAACUUUUUGUAUAUAA